AUGGCGUCGAUUGGGAUUCAGUUGGUUCUGAAGCAAAUCUCACAAAACGAUGUUCAGCCGGGCUACCUGAUCUCUAACCAAAAUGAGCUCGCGCCCAGGAUCUUCACAUCGAAUACGGCUGACCUCUCCGCCCCCAUCGAAAGCACUUCUAGAACUCCAGAAGCAGGGUUUAGAGUUGAUAAACCACUGCCACUUGAACCAUUUGAAGGGAAGAGGAGGUCGUCAAGCGUCUAUAGCACUGAUACUACAAUCACCAACAUCAUUCGCAUGUACAGCGGCUAUCGUGAGUUGGAUGAUAACCCACCUUUGCCAACACUGCAUCACCCGCAAGCUUAUCGAGAUACUGUUGCACCCCUUCUCAUCAGGCGCCUGAGCCUGAGCCAAAGCCCUUCGCCACCCUUGAUGGUUGCGCCGCGAGAGGCCGCGUCGAUUUUAUCGCUCAGAUCGGUGGCUGCAUAUACUAACGGAGUCUCAAGCAAUAAGACGGCUCCUUCGUUUGCCGAAUUCUCCCGUCAGCUCCAACAACGCAGGACUGAAUUGGUUUCGCCGCUUUCGAUGUCUUCGGCUGAGGUACAUCGACAAGCAGCAUAUGAUCGAUUGGCUCCACCCUCACCGCAAGUCUCGUCCGUUGGACAAUCGAUAUCCCUCUCUCAAACUCCACCCUUGCCAGACGCAAUGUCUGGGACGAUCUCUGAUACCGAAGGCUCCGAUCUCCUCCCACCUCCAUUAGGUUUGAGUAGUUCGAGCCUUCCGAGUCCGCCGUAUGACGACUGGGAAAAGCCCGCCGAAUUCGAUCCUGCUCGACAUCAUGAGCCCAUUGGAGAACAAUCACAGCAGCACAGCUCUGGCAAGGGUUGGUCGCAAAAUUGGUUAGAGGACGAGUUCGUCAGCCAAAGUCCGGAGUCUACACCGGUUGAACUACAGCCUCGCAAGAGCUUCCGACUUAGAAGGAGUUCAACAGAACAGGAGCGGGAGAGGGUGAUUUCUUAUGCCGAAGCCAAGUAUCCAAGUAUGAAAAGAGACGGUGCUAAGCGGAAGACGCUACACAAUAGCAGCGCGAGAUCGAGCGUUCAACAAAGCGUUAGCCACUUAGUCAGAUCUCUAUCGCGGAAGGGCGCCCAGGUAAACAAAGAGGGCCCUGGGCAGGACAGUCUACCACGAGAAAGACAGUUAGCCAUCCCUUCAACCCCUUAUCAAGUGUACGGUGCUGAGGUCUUCUCCAAUAAAUUGCAGAAGAAGCAGCAGAAAGAGGCGCAGCAGGCUCAGCGGAAGCGUCAAAGAGGAAAGCCUGUCAGUCUGGUUACAGCGUACCAGAACAGUCAAAGUCAAAUCGUCGGGGUUUUUGAGGGGGCAAAACGCAAAUUGAGGCGGAAGUCAUCGCAAAAUAGACAGCGCAAGUUGAAGGAGAGUAUUAUCAUCGUAGGCCCAGCUAAGACGACGAGGUCGGUGAAUCCUAUGGAUCAAUCUACAGUGGACAACGAAAACUCGUGGAUUUAA